GUGUAUAAUGGAGUUUGCUUCUGUAAAAUCUGAAUCAAGUUUAGAAAGUCAUAGGAUGCUCAUUAUUGAAGGUGAAGCUAAUACUAGUAAGGUUUUGAAAAGGAAGAGAAGAGAUUCAACUGUGGCAGCUUUAAGGGUCAAUGGACAAGAGCUGCAGCCACAGGGUGACCAACUAACCACCACCACUGUGAAGAGAAGCUCAAGGUUUAGGGGAGUAAGCAGACAUAGGUGGACAGGAAGGUAUGAAGCCCAUCUAUGGGAUAAAGGGACCUGGAAUCCCACUCAGAAAAAGAAAGGAAAACAAGUAUAUUUGGGGGCUUACAAUGAUGAAGAAGCUGCAGCUAAAGCUUAUGAUUUGGCUGCAAUCAAGUACUGGGGAACAUCAACUAUCACCAAUUUCCCAGCAUCAGUUUAUGAGAAUGAAAUUGAGAUAAUGCAAACUGUAACAAAAGAAGAAUAUCUUGCUUCAUUGAGAAGGAGAAGCAGUGGUUUUUCUAGAGGUGUAUCAAAGUAUAGAGGAGUAGCAAGGCACCAUCACAAUGGAAGAUGGGAAGCAAGGAUAGGGAGAGUGUUUGGCAACAAGUAUCUCUACCUUGGAACUUACAGUACUCAAGAAGAGGCAGCCAGGGCAUAUGAUAUUGCAGCAAUUGAAUACAGAGGAAUCCAUGCAGUGACCAACUUUGACUUGAGUACUUACAUUAGAUGGUUAAGACCAGGUGCUCAUUCAAAUGCUGCUUCUCAAGAGCAAACCCCAAGUAUAAAUCCCCAACCCUUUACAACCUCUAACCUCAUCCAAACUAGAGGAACAACUAAGGUAUCCAAUUUCAACCUCCAUCCAUUCCCUGGAGUUGAAUUAGAAGAUCACAAGAAAAAGCAAGAGAUUUCCCAACAUGUAACAACCCCUUUAAGUCCUUCCAACAAAUCACCUUCCUCUACAGCAUUAGGACUUCUCCUAAAAUCCUCAGUGUUUAGAGAAUUGUCACAGAGAAAUCUGAAUUAUACUAAUGAAGAAGCUGAAGAAAUUGAAUUGAAGAACACUCAACAAGGCAAUGAUGGGGUUGGAGGGAAUUUGAAUAAUAAAAGGGCAUGUAAGACCUCUUACAUGUGUUCUUCCUACAGAAACAGCUUACCUGACUUGGAGUCCCCAGAAGAAACAACAAUGCCACUGUCACUGUAUCAUGGUACCAUGUUUCCCCCUAUGGAAUGAGGCUUUAAGCUUCUUCUCUACCUUGUUGAUGUCAAAUAAAUGCUAAGAUUGCAACAUUUACUGUUCAUAAAUAGGAUUAAUCACUCAGAACUUGAACAUCCAUCAUGCCAGAAACAGGCUUCACGUUAAGUUCUCUUGAUGGGAAAGCAUGUAAUGAAAUGAAAUGUGAUUGAUUGAUUAGCUGCUGUUAUUUAGAUUGUGUUUAAAUUAGAAUUAAAUGAAAUGGAUCUAUCUAAUACUCA